GCCAUUGCCGUACGCAUCAAGCUGCCUUGUUUUGUUUUGAGCGGUGCGCGAUAAACUUACCACGAACUUUCGAAAUGCCUUCAGCCAGCCCAAACCGGGAGAUGGACCACUACUAUUCCACCGAGGAAGAUAUGGACGUAUAUAAGCCCUCCAAGGAAGACAUGGAUAGCGCUGAACAAGAGCUACGCGUCAAACUGGAACGGUUCGGCGCCGUUAGCGACUUGGGCGGGACAGAUAGCAUCGUCAACGAAGUCGUUGACAAGGUGAGCGAACUGGUUGCCUCCCCCGAUGACACGGCGGAAGAGGAGUCCAAAACUGAUCCGCUCUUGCCCUAUCUGGAAGCCGAAAAGAAGUUGUUGUGCGCCAGGAAGCGUACUGGAGUCGCCGCGUCUCGACGGCCGCUACCAACGCGCCGCGGAAGCGGCGACAGCGCUCCGCUGCCGCACGAAGACAACUCGGAAUUGUUCCGGCGAAUCGCCUCAGUGGUUUCCGGCAAAGGCGUCGAGUACAAGGCGUGCAGCCAAGAGCAAUACUGUGCCGAGCUCGUAAGCAAGUUGACUGGCAUGUGCGCGGAAGCCAAGCCGUGGACUGCAUCGUCGAGCGACGCGCGUUACGCGGAGCGUCCCACUGUGUUGGACCGUAUGCUGCUCAAAGUCUCGCGUAUCGCUCUUUCGCGCCUCGUCGAGACCGAAGUGCGCGGCUGCCUGGAAGACGAAGACGAGACGGAACUUCCGAAAGAGCUGGCGCGUUACGUCGGACUGACGGCGAAGUUGGACGCGGAAGAGGCCCGACGCUACGUGCACGUCCAAGACUUGAGCGCCCAGCGUGAGGAGCGAGCAGUGUACGUGAGGACGCUGUUGGCCCAAGGCGAACGGCUACGUGGCGCGCGCGAGAACGUGGAGCAGCGCGAGUCCCACGUCGGCAUUGUGAUUCGAGGCGUCUGCGACUUGCACGAUUCCCUCGCUUCGAGAGUACAACUGUGCAAGUCGCUGGUCGCGGCUGCCGACAACGUUCAAGCAGUUCAAGCGCGUCAAGAAAACGCCGCCGCCGCUGCUGCCACCUCGGUGUGCUUAGACGACGAUCCAGUGGGAGCUGUCUUCGACCAGCGCUGCUCCCAACUUGUCGCCGCCAUGGCCGCGAUAGUCGACCAGCUCGAUCAAAUGCAGCUUCGGAGGGAGCGCAUGACUGAACUCGUCGACAGGCUCGAAGCCGACAUGACGGCCCGCUGUCAGGGCAGCAUGAGCAAGUGGCACGAUGGCGUGCGCGCCAACACCCUGAAGAGAAACGGGAACCUGAAGUUGCUGCGCGCGUUGUUCAUUGAAUUCCAUACUAACCCGACGCGUUUCGUUUCUCGAAUGAAAACCGCUAGAAUGCUUAAAGCGCGCGGCACACUGCCUGUUGUCCAGCAAAAGAAAGACGACGCGAAGCAUCCCUGAAAGUUUGGUUGCUGGAAAAGAAAAUAAAUGUUGUUGGCUUCUAAAAGUUCGUCAUAUUGUUUUG